GGUUGCAACAGAACGAUGAUCUCAUGGCUUCUCAUGCACAAUGCUUGUGCGACAGAAUCUGUGAUUGUGCCGCCAAAACUCUGGAAGAUGGCGUCGCAAGGUGGAGAUAAAGGCAUUGCUGUAGUGAUGAAGACUUUAGCCAAGGCACAACCUGCCAUAAUAUCAACCUACGAGCUUUUGAAGAAGAAACUUAACGAUUUUUCGGAAAGCUAUAAACGUAUGGUUGUGGAAGACCCGGCAAAGGUUGCCACGUUUGAGUCGACACUUAAUUUGAUUUCAUUCGUCCUCCCGGGUAACAUUCGGUCAUCAGAUAUUGUAUCAGAGCUGGUUUAUUUUGCUACAAAGAUGUUGGCACUAAUUCACGAUAUUAUUUACAGGCGGGAGCUGAGUGUCAUGCACAAGUUUCUUUGGACUGAGAAAACGUACUUAGAGUCGGUCCUAACUGUUUUGGAAUACAUGGCUCCAUUUCUUGAGUUAGGGGCUGGGCGCUUGUGGGGUGAAUCUGGGAAGUGGUUGGUUGUAUUCUGUUUCCAGACACUAAAAGCUGCUUUGAAGACAAUUUUAUUGUUUGUUUAUGACACUGGUAUCCAGCAUUCGCCAUCUUUAUUAUUUAUUAAAGAAAAAAUUAAAAUAGACCAGAAAGAAAUAGAUAAAAAGCUCACAGCUGUUAAUGAGAAUAUGCCUCAGCAAGAUAGGGAUAUGGAAAAGGCAUGGCAAGAUGCCAAAACAGACACAGAGGACAGUAAAUGCGAUGUCUGGAGAGGAAAAAGAUCAGGAAGAACAAUCAGGUCCUUGAAGUCAUCACCCCCUAAAGGGUUUAGAGAUUGGAAAGUCCCAAAGAAAAUAGAAAAAGAGAGUGAAAGUGUUGAUUACUACAAAGCAGAAAGCAAGCUGACAUACACUGAGAAGUUAGCAGAGCUUGCUUAUAUUUUAAGGCCACUUUGUCAUCUGUCAAGUAUGUUUGUGUGUGGCGAAAAGUCAUGGAAACCAUGGUUGUUGUCAAUGGCAGUUGAUUUGAGUAGUAUACAUCAUUUAAACUCAAAGAAAGUUAUAAAAGAUAUUGAAAAAGAUGAAAUUUUUAGAAGGAAAGCAGCAUUAUUGAUGUAUAUUCUUCGAUCUCCUUUUUAUGACAAAUAUUCCAAGGCAAAGAUCUUAAAGUGUCUUAGAGUUCUAGGAGAAUUAAUUCCUGGAAUGAAAAUGAUUGCCCAACCACUGCAAGAGUAUCUGCCAAUGUGGCAACAGAUUUAUUCACAUAGCUGGUAUAGCUAAAACAUAAUCUUUGUAUCCAGAAUGCAUUUUCUUUAACAGUGAACACAAUUUGCUAAGUUUGACAUUUAUGUAUUGAUAGUUUGCUCCUUUAAAAGCAUUCGUGUCCCAAAUUAAGCUCAAUUAAUUGGCCAAUUCAUGGGGAGACAGAUUGCCUUUAAAGUGCAAGCUAUUUAGUUAGAUGGAGUUUUCAAGUGAAAUUCACAAAAAAUUUGCAAAUUAGAUCUGAAUGCUAUUUCUUUAGAUCAUCAUCAUAUAAUUGCUAUACUUGCUGCAUAUGAUUUUUUUUGCUAUAACUGAUUUAUAAGUUUUAAUUUGAGAUAAUCGAUUCCCUGCUGUUAGUAUUUUUCAUCAGUGCUUCCCUUGAAAGUACACUGUUUUAAGCAUCUGUGGCUUAGUCUGAAGUCACUUCAGACAAUUGUCUCAAGGUAGAACCUUUUGCUUUGAGUAAUUCAAAUAAGACCCAAAUGAACUUCUAAAUGGAACAAAAGAAACAACAAUGUUAUCAUUGAAACUACUAACUACAAUUAUUGUAAUAAGUUGGUUUCUUUUCUUCAAAACCUUACUGCAUGAUUGAGGGAGGGGAUUUCAUUCAGCACACAGAAAGGACUUCAAUGUUGGAGAGGGGGCUUCUUAACCGGUAGCAAAAGAUAGAAUUGUCAGAAAUAAGUAGUUAGAUUGUAUAUAGAAGUAUUCUGUAUUGAGUGAUUUGUUGUUUAUGUGCAUACUCUGUAUAUUAUUUUGGUUUAUUUUUUUUGUAAUGUAUUUUAAUUAAAGGUA